AUGGCCUCUGAGAAUGCAGAAGUGGAUUUAUCUCAGAUUGAACCAGUUUCUUACAAAUCUGCUCUGAAAUCUCCAAUAUGGUUUAAAGCUAUGGUGGAGGAAAUACAAGCCUUACAUUCUCAGCAAACUUGGUCCUUGGUUCCUUUACCAUCAAACAAAAAUCUUGUGGGGUGCAAGUGGGUCUAUAAGAUCAAGAGCCCUGUGGUUAAGCCUACUACAGUGAGACUUGUUCUUGCAUUAGCUGCACAAUUUGGUUGGGGUUUAAGACAACUUGGUGUCAAAAAUGCAUUUUUGCAUGGAAUUUUGCAAGAAGAGGUAUACAUGGUACAACCUCCUAGUUUUGUGGAUUCUGUCUAUUCAUCAUCACCCCAAGGGCAUGCUUCAUUAUUUGUCAAACACACUGAUUCUGGGGUUGUCAUCCUUCUCCUUUAUGUGGAUGAUAUAAUUGUCACAAGGAGUACACCAACUAUCAUUCAAGAAGUCAUUUGUGCAUUGGCAACAGAAUUUGAUAUCAAGGAUCUGGGUCCACUCCAUUAUUUUCUUGGCAUUCAAAUUACACAAGCUGCAGAAAGGUUGUUUCUAUCUCAACAUAGGUAUAUUAAUGAUCUGUUGACAAAGACAGAAAUGCAUCAGUCAAAGCCCUGUGCUACUCCUUGCUUGCCUCAUAAUCGGCUUCUUAAGGAUGAUGGAACACCAUUUGAUAAUCUUGCAUUGUACAGAAGCAUAGUGGGAGCAUUACAAUAUCUCACUUUCACAAGACCUGACAUUACAUUUUUUGUGCAUCAGGUUUGUCAGUUCAUGCAUUGUCCCAUGGAGUCACAUUACUUGGCUGUAAAAAGGAUAUUACGAUAUCUUAAAGGGACUCAACAUUAUGGUAUUCAAUAUGUGAAAGGAGAGUUGGAGUUGAAUACAUUUAGUGAUGUUGACUGGGCAGGGGAUCCCAAUGACAGAAGAUCCACAACUGGAUUUGUUGUUUUCUUAGGCACCAAUCCAAUCUCAUGGUCAUCCAAGAAGCAAAAUACAGUAUCUCGCUCUUCAACGGAAGCUGAGUAUAGAGCAAUUGCUACAACAGCUACUAAGAUCGAUUAG